AUGUCAUGGGAGUAUAAGCGCGCGCUGUCGGCCAAGCUUAAGUCGCGCUUUAAACAUCGUAAGGGCUUAAAUAAUGACUCCAAAACAGACAAGAGAAGAAAUACUAGAGAAAAAACGACUGCGACUGAGCGACAAAGAUUAGAAAAAGUAAAAGUGAUCCUGUAUUACGAGCAAAUCAACAAGAAAAAGAAAGACAAAAAUAUU